AGCCGCGCGCUCGUAUCUACACUGUGUUCAAUAUUCGAUUUGAAAUAUAUAAACAAACCACCCCCCCAUUGAGUGAAAAACAAUCGGCCUGUAUAACAGCUGGCUGAAACGACCGCGCCGAAUCUUGCAUAUGUCGUAACUGCCGAGCAAUGUCGACUGCCGAUGAAAUCGUCUCCUACGUGAUUGAGCAGGUCGCGCUCGACGGCAUCGAAGGAUCUGCUAUUGAACGAUUAUGGGAAUUUGCGAGAGAAAAAGUUGAUCCGCUUGACGACGCGCUGAAGAGUACGAUCUGGAGAUGGCUACAAAGUCGAGCCGAUGAGCUAUCUGUUGGUGUCAAGAGCGAAGACGAAGACGGCGAGACGACAUACCUUGAUCCCGCGUCGGAAGACUUGUCAGAACUUCCAACGCUGCUGGAAAAGUACGGCACUAGACUAUGCGUUCGUGUAUCUGAAGAUCUUCUGUGGCGAACCUUGACGGGCGCAUCAAAGGAAGACGGAAUUAUCGGACUACAUCCAUUUAUCCUUCUCUGCGCAAUCACCAGAAAACGAGAGGCAGGCCUAACAAACAUCGAAGCCGCAAAGAUCACAAAACAGGAUCCGCGGUCUUUAUUCAGUCGAAUCGCGUCCCUAGUCAACCUAGGCCUCGUCAAGAAGAUCCCCAUGGUGCUCUCGAGCAAGGCAGGCGGUAGAACUGCUAUGCUGAUCAAUACCAGAUUUUAUCGUGAAGGAACCGAAGUACAGGAUUUUGGCGGUCUGCCAGACUUGCGCAAAGCUAUUGAUACCGCGGAAGUCAAAAGAGAGAUCAUGGAAAAACUCAAAGCUGCCAAAAACGGCAUUCGACAGCGUACAGAUCUACGCAUAGAGCUGAAACUGAGCUCUGGAGCGCCCACGAGACGGCUAUUCGACGGAUGUAUCCUCGUUCUUGAGAAUCAUGGAUACAUUCGUCGCGUGACAGUCGUUCGAGCUUUUGGAGACUCAAACAGAAAAUACUUUUGUAUACAACUGAUUAAGGAUUACGAUGCUGAGAUCAAAGAGGAACCUGUUGAUACCUCUACGAUCGACAGGAACGACGACGACAUGGACGACGUCUCUGAUUCCGAGGCACAAGAGAAUUCGGUCGUUGAGCGAUUCGAGGUCAGUGAAGGGGACAAUAUCGAAGAAGCUCAAGGCAACGCGACAGACUACCCCACAUUCGGCCGUCACUUCCCCCUCGAGAAUCAGAUCUACGACGCUGCCGUCGAAAGCGGGUCUGCGGGUAAGCCGAUAAUGGAGAUAACUCGCGAAAUCACAGGCGACCAUUUCCGACGUCCUUUGACUGCCGUGCUUGAUCGAUGCAGCACGCAGGCAGGAGACCAGGUAUCCAAAAGCGGUCAGCCCCGAGGCAUUGGACAUUAUGGUCUCGUAAGGGCGACUGAUAACUCCGCUAGGAUAUCGUUUUUCAGGUAUUUCACUAUGGCAUCCUACUACAAAUUUGUCGGACAAAACCCGGAUUUGCUAUGGGGCCAGUUCCCGGCGAUCGAAACGAGUUCGGUCUAUCGCAGCCGAGAGCAGCUCCUUAAGCUGAGCUACAGCGCAAAGAGAUAUCAAAGGCCAAUAUUCGUUGAAAACGGAGCCAUUGCGGCAGAUCGGUCGGCAAAGAAGAAGCGACAAGAAGGCGACACUAUCAAAUCUGAACGGAAGCUAGGUCGACCGCGCAAACUCCCUGUUACUGACGGCGCACCUUCCUCAGUUGCUCAAAACCAUACCGUCGAUAGCACCCAAGAGCACGCUGGCGCGGUAGAGGCUUCAUCUUCCAGCGCACAAUCAAAUCCACUGGCAGAACAGCCUGUGAAAAGGAAGAGAGGACGGCCCAGAAAAGACUCUCAACUGACGCCCUCACUGCCUAGCACACCGGUGGUUAGUCGUGAAGCUGUGACUGUUGAGACUCCGACAGCAGAAGGCGCUUCAACUGGAGUCACGAUUCCUGAAAAUGCGGGUAAGAAUGUCGAUCAAAGUCCAAGCGUUACAGCACCAGCGGCUGAAGCUACACCCGCGGCUGUAGCCAAUACACCCAGGCCAGCCGACAAAGACGCUAAGAAACUGCGUCGCAAACCUGUUGAAGACUCGCCAUCGAUAGCGGUAGUAAAGACAUCGAUUGGUGCGGCAGCGCGGCAAAACUAUAUCAUGCAGCUGAUCAACGAGAACGGCGGUGCGAUAAUAGGUGGAAACGCUCUUACCCGCAAGCUUCGCGACAGUCGUGACGACUUCUCGCAGGGUACGCUUGAUCGCAAGACGGUGACGCGAGACGAAAAUGCGCUGGUGGAAAAGCAGCUUAUUAGACGCUUCUUGGUGUCUGUCGUGGAUUCUCGAGGGAUGAACGAUAAUAUCACGAUCCUGGCACUACCUCAUCUUGAUCUUGAUUCUCCAGAGGUGCAAAAGAUGAAGGAACAAGCUACAGAGCGGAUUGAGAGCAGGUUUAAGUAUAAGCCAGGAGACCGCACGGUGAUCUCAGACGAUUUCUCAUUCUAUCAAGUGACGCCGGUGAAUGCUUUGAAAGCACAAAAUGCGGUACAGAGACGAGCGGAAAAAGCACUUGCAACGGCCAAGCUUAAUGCAGCACAGAAGAAGGCAGCUUCGGAGCGUCUCAAGAAGCGGAUGCGACAACGCCAGGCCGAAGGUGGUAUAGGUACAGGCUCGCUCGCGGUUGGCGAGGAUGGAGAACCAUCGACGGUCAUGCCUCGAGCGAGAAGAGGAAGACCAAAGAGACCCAUAGCGGUCCCCAUUCUACCUGGCGACAGCACUGACGCGAUACUACCAAAGAGUGCACCAAGGAAGGUUCAGCAACCACGCGUUUUGAGCGAUCUGGCGGCGCAUCCGCUUGCGAUUGCGGCCAAGCCGAGCGAGUCUGGCGGUACACCAAAGAGCCGGCAAAAGAGACAGCUAGGUGAUGAGUUGGCUGAGCACGCUCUCAAGCGCGCUGGGAAGAGGGUCAGACGGUCUGGAUCAGGAGAUGAGGCUAAACGGAUCACUCGAAACAGUCGGCUCGCGAAUCGUCUUAAUGAGACCCAGCUCGACGAGAUAUUCAGGACAAUCAUCGUCAUUCGCUCUCUCUACGGGGGAUCGAUGCGCAGUAUACACUGGGAUAAGGUUACGCAUGCGCUGAGAGAGGAGUACUCAGUCGAGAUCUGUGCCGCGGUAUGGUCGAAGCGGCGGAAAGAAUUCGGCAGUGCAGCGCGAGUGAACAAGAUUGCCGAUCGGUGGGAGCGCGUAUUUUGCGACGCCUACGAGGCAGACAAAUUUCCCGGGCUUGAUUUCGAGAAUGUGGAUGUGCCGAUGCUGGUCAAGUACUGGCGGGAGAACGAUAUCGAGGUUGUGGACGACGACGAGAGCGUGAGUGCGUUUACGGAUUUGAAGAAGACGAAUGUCGGUCAGGAGUUUGUGUUUGUUCGUGAAGAGGAGCGGCAUUCGUGGCUUGACGAUAUGUAUACGUUUGUGUCGUCUGUUAGGACUGAGGAUGCCCUCGUCAACGCUGCGUUUUCAUGCCCUUGUGACGACGGUGACGAUGGUGCUGGAGAGAGUAUCUCAGAAUCGUCAGAGUUGGCAUCACCUCUCGCGGACGACGUCCGUCAUCUGAUCAAGUCAAUCAUCUCUACAGACGAGGCAAAGUACAAUCCCGCGGUGGGCAAGGCGAUGCUCGAAAGCUACGGAGCGGAGCUGUGCGCCAAGGUCGUGGGCGAGAUGGAGAAGGAGCGGAGCAUAACCUAUGCGGCGCGCGAACUCGACCGGCGGCUACCGGGCCGGAACUUUAUGUUUGCGGAAAGAUUCCAGUCGAUGGCGCGCUUGCGGCCGGACGAGAACCUGCUGGCGAAGGCGUGCGCGUUCCACAGGCAGAUCGAGUCUGUGUUUGCAGAGUCCAAAGGAAUGAUGAUGUCGAGACUGGCGCCGAACGGGUCGAUGGUGUGUAUUCUGGAGUUGAUUUCGCGCGAGCAGGUCGAGCUCGUGCGCGUGAACGUGAACGCAGGGACGUUGAUUGAGGGGUACACGUCGCGAAAUAUCGACCGAGAGAAGCUUGAUUGCGACAUUGUUUUGCGGAGCAGCAGCGCGGCAGCGGUCAGUGAGUUGCCGCGGGUUGCAGCCGCGAUCCCGGUGCCGGUCGAUAGCGAGGGCAAGGUGAGACCGGGCAGUCGGACGUGGGUGGACGUGAACGGGGAGAUAAAAGGGGACGUGUUUCUGCGGUUCGUGAACGUGAUCUUGAUGGCGAUCGCGCUGCAUCCAGGCGUUCCCGAGCGAGAGCUGCGGCGGAGGUAUCACUGUAUAUUGACUGGUGCUGAGGUUUUGGAUAUCGUGCGGUGGGUGGUUGAGAAGAAGUUGGUUGAGCAUGAUGCCGCGAGAGGCGAUGGAUACUGGGUCAGUGAAGGAUGGUAUCAUUCGGGCGCAGACGGUGGCGAGGAUGUUGUUGUAUGAUAUGUUGUUUUGUUGAUCCGGGGUUUUUCGUGUAUUUUUGGGACUUUCAAGUGUUUACUGUAAAUUAUAUGAAGAUGGAGAAAAAGUCAAUUCGAAGCCGCACAGCCCAUAGACAGGUCUCGCAUCACACUCUUGAGUUCUCGUUCUGCAUCGAAUUGAAUCCGACCCGCGUCUCAAAUCGA